AUCAGCCUCAUCUUGCCAGUCGUCGAUCACCACGAGCCAUACGGUCCGCAAGGCAAAACUAGUCUGACACAACAGGGUUCUUAGACUAAUUAAUCGAUCCAAGUAUCGUGCAGAGCGCUCACGCCAUAUCAACCAUGGCAUCCACCUCGACGUUAGAUAACAUUGCUUCUAUCCCCACGCCGGCGCACUGCACGGCCGAUUUCUGCCUGAUCCCGAUGGGAACGGCAUCCCCAUCUGUCUCCGCCCAGGUGGCUGACGUGCAGCGCCUCGUGGAGCGAUCCGGCCUGAAGUAUGUGAUGCACUCGGCUGGCACCACUUUGGAAGGCCCCUGGGAUAAAGUUCAUCAAGUCAUCGGCCAGGCGCAUACCAUCUUGCAUGAACAGGGCGUCCUUCGGAUUCAGACGGAUGUUCGCGUUGGAACAAGGACGGACAAGCACCAGUCGUUCGAAGACAAAGUCAACAAGAUCAACCAGUUGUUAGGAAAGCAGUAAGGAAUACAGAUCUAGGGGUUGAAGUACGCUCCUCUCUGGCGUUUGAUUGCUGGAUUAAUACGUAGCGGAUUAUACAAUAGGAUCUACUAUUUCCAAUUCGAAACCAUGAAUAAUAUGCUAUCUACCAGAUGAAUCUAUCUACAUCAUCAACAGAAGUGGACGAGCAGUGAACUCAAGAGGAUCCUUCCUGUUUCCAAC